ACCUCCGAACGUAGUCUAUUUGGGAGGUCUACAUUUGAGGAAAGAAAAGCCCCUUCCGAAGGAUCUGAAAGCCAAGCUGGAUUCAGCAAGCAAUGGGGUGAUUUACAUGAGUUUUGGCAGCACGAUCAGCUCCUCGAUGUUCAACAUGGAGAAGCUAAAUAUAUUUCUACGAGUGGUGUCCAAACUGCCAUAUACGAUACUUUGGAAAUGGGACGCGGAUGUAGAAAACGUGCCUGAUAACGUUGUGCUGGCGAAGUGGUUCCCGCAGCGCGAUCUUCUUAAACACCCGUCCAUCAAGCUUUUCAUCACGCAAGGAGGGCUCCAGUCAACCGACGAAGCCAUCGACGCUGCGGUCCCACUUGUUGGCGUACCGAUACUCUGGGACCAGUGGAUGAACGUAGACAAGAUUGCCGAGUUGGGCAUCGGAGUCAUGUGUAGUAUACAUGACGUCACAGAGGAGAGCUUCAGAGCGGCGAUAGAUACCGUUCUUACGGAUAAGAGAUACAAAGAAAACAUAGAGAACCUAAGAAAUGUCAUUCGUGAUCAACCACAGACACCGCUAGAACGCGCCGUGUGGUGGUCGGAAUACGUCAUACGCCAUAAUGGCGCGAAAUAUUUAAGAUCUCCCGCCUUUGACAUGCCAGUCCAAGAGUAUUAUGAAAUUAAGCUUAUAUUAUCUAUAAUUUUAGUUUGUGCACUCGUUUUAGGAAUAAUUUGUAAGCUGUGUAUUAAAUUGAUAUCAAUUUUCAAACGGAAAACCAAGCUAGAGUGAUUAAAUGUGUUCCU